AUGCAGGUUGAGGGAGACAUCAAGGCCCUCGGCGAGAAGAUUAAUAAACUGUGCGGGAUCAAGGAGUCUGACACUGGCUUAGCCCCACCAAGUGUAUGGGAUCUAGCUGAUGACAAAGUGAAGCAAGAGCAACAACAGCCACUGCAAGUCUCACAGUGUACUAAAAUCCUUAAUCCUGGUACGGAUGAUGCGAAGUAUGUUAUCAACGUGCGACAGAUCGCGAAAUUUGUUGUUGGUCUCGCACAGCAUGUGUCUCCUACUGAUAUUGAGGAAGGUAUGAGAGUCGGAGUGGAUCGGCAGAAAUACCAAAUUCAAAUACCCUUGCCGCCUAAGAUCGAUCCAACUGUGACCAUGAUGACCGUUGAGGAGAAGCCGGACGUCACAUACUCUGAUAUUGGUGGCUGCAAAGAGCAAUUGGAAAAGUUACGAGAAGUCGUAGAGAUGCCUCUGCUGCAACCUGAGCGCUUCGUCCAGCUUGGUAUUGACCCUCCCAAGGGCGUCUUAUUAUAUGGACCCCCGGGUACUGGCAAGACACUGACGGCUAGGGCUGUUGCUAAUCGAACCGAUGCGUGCUUUAUUUGUGUUAUCGGUAGUGAGUUGGUUCAGAAGUAUGUGGGAGAGGGAGCCAGGAUGGUCCGUGAGCUGUUUACUCUGGCUCGAAGCAAGAAGGCGUGCAUACUGUUCAUUGAUGAGGUGGACGCUAUCGGGGGUUCGCGUGGUAGCGGUGGUAGUGGGUCUGAGGAUGAUGAAGUGCAGAGGACCAUGCUCGAGAUCGUCAAUCAGCUUGAUGGCUUCGACGCUCGAGGCAACGUGAAGGUUCUGAUGGCCACGAACAGGCCCGACACGUUGGAUCCAGCUCUCCUCCGUCCUGGACGACUUGAUCGUAAAAUUGAGUUUGCCUUGCCGGAUUUGGACGGUCGCACGCACAUCUUCAAGAUCCAGGCCAGGAGUAUGAACAUGGACCGAGACAUCCGUUUUGAGCUCCUCGCCAGACUGUGUCCGAACUGCACUGGAGCUGAUAUCAGGAGUGUGUGCACAGAGGCGGGGAUGUUUGCCAUNNNNGACGACGUUACAGUACCUGCCUCCACAAUCGAAGGAGCUGACCGUCAACUAUCGUAUCUCGAGGAGGAUGGAAAAAUUGCAAAUCUCAUGAUAGCACCGGAGAAGUGCAAGAGACUGUGCAUUAACCUGGAGAGCGCAUGCAACUCGCGGGACAAAGAAUGGCAAGGCUACAGAAAGUUUGGAACUCGCAUGAUGUAA